UCCUACUCUUCACUUGCUCGUGUCACUUCAACAACAGCAGCAGCCGGCACAUCGGCUCUCUCUUUUACUCUCUUGAUAACAACAACAUCAAUCAACGCCACUGGACACUGCGGCUCCGUCCCCCCACACUCAUUGACCCCUUAACAUGCUCGUCGCGACCGCUUCCAUCUCACUCCUGGGCCUCGCUGCCGCCCACAUUGGCUGCAGCGGCCACAACAUUGCCCGGCGCAACAUUGGAGGCGAGCACAAUGUCAUCUACGACAAGCGCCAGGUGGACGGCUCAAACGUUGACGUCGCCGCCGAGUGCGCGCCCUACUCGUACGCGCCCAUGGCCAACAGCAAGCCCAAGUACCCCAGUAUUUGGGUGCAGCCCGCGGCCCUCGUCCCCGGUGACACCGAGGCCGCUGCGCUCUUCGCGACCAUCAACGCGACCGUGGCCCAAAAGGUGCCCAACUCGAACUCGCCGCACGGCACGCUCAAGGGCGACUGGGCGGGCGUAAACUACCCUCCCGGGGACGCCGACUGCUGGUGGACGCAGACGCGCUGCACGACCCCCGCGGCGUCGCUCGGCCUGCAGCCCGACAUCACCAACCUGCCCGAGCCCGAGACGUGGGGUCUCGGUUUUGACGACGGACCCAACUGCUCGCACAACGCGCUGUACAACUUCCUCCAGACCAACAACCAGAAGGCGACCAUGUUCUUCAUCGGCUCCAACGUCAUCGACUGGCCGGUGCAGGCGAUCCGCGCGCGCGACGACGGCCACCACAUCUGCGUGCACACCUGGUCGCACCCGUACAUGACGGCCCUCACCAACGAGCAGGUGUUCGCCGAGCUCUACUACACGCGCCAGGUCAUCAAGGAGGUCGUCGGCGUCACGCCCACCUGCUGGCGCCCGCCCUACGGCGACGUCGACAACCGCGUGCGCGUGAUUGCCUCGGCGCUCAACCUCAGCAACGUCCUCUGGAAGAACGACACGUUCGACUGGUCGGUCGGCACCAACAACAUCACGGCCGCCGACGUCACCAACAACUACCAGAAGAUCAUCACCGCCGCCGGCCAGGGCCAGUACGCGACCCAGGGCCUCACGGUGCUCAACCACGAGAUCAACAACUUCACCAUGCAGGAGUUUAUCGAGCAGUACCCGAACAUCAAGGGCGCGUUCAAGCACAUUGUGCCCCUCUCGGCCGCCAUGAACUGGACCCACCCUUACGUCGAGCAGAACUACACCUUCCAGAGCUUUGACGAGUACGUCGCUGGUACCCCUGCCUCGGGCGCCGCGGCCGCCUCGUCGGAUGCUGCUUCUGGCAGUGCAUCUGGCGCUGCUGGCUCGGGUACCGGCACUGCGUCUGGUGCCGCUGCCUCUGCUGCGUCCGCCAAGGCGUCCAGCAAGCCCUCGAGCGCGGGCGUUACGCGCCCUGCCGCUGGCGUCCUUGUCGUUGCCAUCGCCGCGGCCCUCCUCCUCUAA